UCACAUUGUCCAUCAUUCAGUGAGUGUGAAGUAAUCACUAAUCACUAAGAAGAUGGUUGGACCAAAGAGGCCUCAGUUCGUGCUGUUUGGUUCUUCUAUCGUUCAGCACAGCUUCUACGACCAAGGCUGGGCUGCCAUCCUUUCUCACUUGUAUGCUCGCAAGGCGGAUAUAGUUUUGAGAGGAUACACUGGUUGGAAUUCAAGGCGUGCUCUCCAGGUUCUCCAAGACAUUUUCCCCAAGGAUGCCACUGAACAACCAUCAUUGAUAAUUGUGUACUUCGGUGGCAACGAUUCCGUUCUUGCUCAUCCGAGUGGACUCGGACAACAUGUACCUCUCCAAGAAUACAUUCAAAAUAUGACCAAAAUUGCUAUCUAUCUAAAGAGCCUUUCGAAGAAGACGCGCAUCAUAUUUCUCGGUUCUCCUCCUGUCAAUGAGCCACAACUUCUUGGAAACAGUGAUCUACUAGGCCGGCCAUUUAGGACGAACGAAUCGUGUCGAAUAUACUCCGAGGCAUGUUUGUCACUCUGCCGGGACCUGAAUAUCAAGGCCAUUGACAUCUGGUCUGCUAUUCAGAGAAGGAAAGACUGGCGAGAGGUUUGCUUCAUCGAUGGGAUUCAUCUGACAGCUGAGGGAAGCAAGAUAGUGGCAAAGGAGAUAUUGAAGGUCCUCAAAGAAGCAGAGUGGGAACCAAGUCUGAAUUGGAAGUCAAUGCCAAUCGAAUUCGCAGAAGAUUCGACCUAUGAUCCAAUCGCGCCAGAUGGAAAGACAACUAUAAAUAUCUCUGGUUCUCCUUUCCAUGGAGAUUCGGAAUGGGACUAGAUAUCUUGAUUUUUUAUGGCAUUUCUUAGAAUCUUUAUGCAGCAUUCCAAAAAUUUAAAGCCUUUCGUGCUUUGGCUUGAAGAUACAAGAUUUCAUAUGUUUCUUUAUGUUCAAUAAUAAUGAAGAGGAAUAACUUUUUUUUUUUUGUGAAGACUCACGUGCAAUUGAAUUGCAUUUGUUUUUACAUCUUUUUUCUUUCCGUUGCCAUGAUAA